AUGCCUACUUACACUAUCGGGUGUUUUAAAUUACCCAAGAGCUUGUUCAGGGAUAUUGAAUCGCUUAUCCGGAAGUUUUGGUGGGGCUACAAGGGUGAGAGCAGAAAAGUUCAUUGGGUUGGUUGGAAUAAACUAUGUAAACCAAAAUGUCAAGGUGGGUUGGGAUUCAAAGACAUUGAAAACUUCAAUCUAGCUCUUUUGGGUAAACAAGUAUGGCGGUUGCUGCAUAACAAGGAAUCACUCUUCUAUAAGGUUUUUAGGGUCAAAUACUUUCCACAUGGCAUGGUGCUAGAUGAAAAUGUUAAACAAAAUGGCUCCUAUGCGUGGAUGAGCAUCUUGAAAGCAAGAGAUUUGGUCAGACAAGGUUCUGCUUGGAGGAUUGGAGAUGGGAAGAAAGUGCUUAUACGGGGUGAUAAGUGGAUUCCAAGACAGCAAACAGAGAAUCGGGUGAAGGCAGAAUUUCAACCCUUUGAAGCGGAAGCAGUCCUUAGCAUUCCUCUAAGCACUCGAUCUACAGAGAACACACUCUUUUGGCAAGGUACAAAAAAUGGCACAUACUUUACUAAAAGUGCUUAUCGUUUCCUUGUUGAAGAGUUAGGAGCAUCAAAACCAGGUCCAUCAAAUACCCAGGCUCAUAAGCACUUCUGGCAGAAACUAUGGACCCUUGAUGUUCCAAACAAGGUCAAACAUUUCAUGUGGAGAGCGUGUAAUGAAUCUCUGUCUACCAAGCUGAACUUAUACAAGAGGAAAGUGACUUCGAACCCAAGGUGUGAUCUUUGCCAUCAUGAGAUGGAAGAUACAGUCCAUGCUUUGUGA